AAUGCGCGUAUUUAAUGUCACUAGGAAGACUGUGGUUUACGUGUUCUAGCGCAUUAUAAUUUCGAUUUUUCUCUUAUUACUUCAUUGAAAAUAAAUCUGCGUAUUUGGCAAUCCCAGGGAUACGUAUAAUGGCAACAUUCUAAGUUGUCCUGAAAUAAUUUGCUGUAUUUUCAAAGUUCUUACUUCAUAAGUGGAUUUACCUUCUUGAAAGGAUUCUUCAAGAUGGUUUUGUCUCAAAGACAAAAAGAUGAACUCAACAAAGCUAUAGCAGACUACCUGUAUACAAAUGGAUUUCAAGGUGCACUUGAACACUUUCAAAAAGAGGCUGGCAUGACCCCAGAGAUAGAAAAGAAAUUCAGUGGAUUACUUGAAAAAAGAUGGACCUCUGUUAUCAGACUACAGAAAAAGGUGAUGGAUCUAGAAACCAAGUUGGCAGAAGCAGAAGAAGAAGUUAACAGUGGUGCCCCAACUCGAGACCGCAGAUCCCCAGGUGAAUGGAUUCCCCGCCCUCCAGAAAGAUACAGCCUGAAUGGUCACCGCAGUCCUAUAACACGUGUGGUGUUUCACCCAGUUUUCAGUGUUAUGGUUUCAUGCAGUGAAGAUGCUACUAUCAGAGUUUGGGACUAUGAAACUGGUGACUAUGAGAGAACACUCAAAGGUCACACAGACUCUGUACAAGACGUAGCUUUUGACAGUGCUGGCAAAUAUCUUGUGUCAUGCUCAGCAGACUUAAGUAUAAAAAUCUGGGAUUUCAAUGGAUAUGAAUGUAUCAAGACAAUGAUGGGUCAUGACCACAAUGUUUCCAGUGUUACAUUCAUGCCAUCAGGAGAUUUUGUUGUCUCUUCAUCCAGAGAUAAAACUAUUAAAAUGUGGGAGGUGGCUACAGGCUACUGCAUAAAAACAUACACUGGCCACAGAGAAUGGGUUCGAAUGGUCAAAGUUUACCAAGAUGGAUCUUUACUGGCCAGUUGCUCUAAUGAUCAGACUGUUCGGGUUUGGGUGACUGCCACAAAGGAAUGUAAAGCUGAACUCAGGGAGCACGAGCAUGUUGUGGAAUGUAUAGCCUGGGCACCUGAUUCAGCUCAACCUGCCAUCAAUGAGGCUGCUGGGACUGAGAGUAAGAAUGCCAAGAGAUCAGGACCUUUCUUACUAUCAGGAUCCAGAGAUAAAACAAUGAAGAUGUGGGAUGUUAGUGUAGGAGUUUGCAUCUUCACUUUGACUGGUCAUGACAAUUGGAUACGAGGCAUAGUCUUCCACCCAGGUGGCAAGUUUAUUUUGUCUGCCUCUGAUGAUAAAACCAUAAGAGUAUGGGAUAUACAGAACAAGCGUAACCACAAGACAUUGCAAGCACAUCCACAUUUCGUUACUUCAAUUGAUAUGCACAGAAAUUCCCCAUAUGUGAUCACAGGAAGUGUAGACCAUUCAGUCAAAGUAUGGGAAUGCCGUUAGGAGAACUAUUGUAUGACCAGAAUGGACUGUAGACCAGUAACAGGAGUGAAGCCUACCAGCCUGUAAGAUGGGCUGACACACAGAAGAUUCAUUGUUGUAGUAGUGCUUUAUUUCUAUUUCAACUCUUUUUUAAACAUGUAUGGUAACAAUAUCCUCAUUUGGCUGCUUUAAUAAGACCCAAUGUGAAACAUUCCUGCAAAAUUUUGCACGCCAAUUAUUUUGAUCUAACCGCAAAACUUACAUAGUGAUUAGGUUUCAAACACAUUGUGGCUUUUGUGUUGAUUCUCCUUUAAGUCAUUGGUCCUUCACACAGAGUUUGUUCUGAUAACUGCUGAUGACACCAAACCAGCCGGGUUUGUAAUUUAAGGGCAAGGGAUAUUUAAAUUAUCAUAUAAUGGUUGUGGCUCCUUUUUUUAAAGAAUGGGCUAGUCUGCAACCCUUAAUUAACUCAAUAUGUUUUAGUCAUCUAAAUUACAAUUGAUUGAAAUAUGUCAAACUGGCUUUUAGAAAUGAAAUAUUUUUUUUUUGAGAACACAAUGUGUAGACCAAUCUCAGGGGUGUAUGAUAAGGCAAGCAGGGAAUCUGCCAUUGUUACACCCUUAUCUCCUUCCAUACACUCAUAGUGGACAAUUUGUCUGACUAUAUGUAUGCCUCAUUGUUUUUAUUUGUGAUAUAAAUGUACCAGGCAUUUUGGUGUUGAUGUUUUUAACGUGCUGCUUGAAGUACUAUUUUGUGGAUGAAUUUUUAUGUCAGUAUUGCACACACUUGCAUCAACCGCUUCAAAAUUUUUCUUCUUUGUUUUGGCUCUAGUUUGCACAUUAUCAUCAGUUGUGUUGAUAGAUUUGUACAAUUAUUGACAGUGAACUGGCCAUUAUAUUGACAACACUAAUUAUUAAAAUAAAUGAGAGGCAAUCCUA